GGGGGGGUUUAUGUUUGUCAGGGCUGUCGACUCCUUGCUGUUCUCAAUUGGACGUACAUCUGUUGAGAUCGUUUAGGCUUUUAAAGUCAUGAUGCUCAUUGGGAGACCCGAAACUUCAAUGCUAUUGCACAUUUUUCGUGGGCUACACAAACAUCUGGUGGCUGUUAUAUAAAGCAGUCAGUCUACACUCAGUAAAAGAGCUUCCAAACAAAACUUCAUUCGCUUCAGUCAGAAAGAUGAAGUUAAUCCUUUCCAGUGUUGUGAAUGGAUGUCGCCAUGGUAAAUUGAUUGAAGUAGGACAAAACAGCAGUAAAAGCCUAGACAUUCCUGGUUGCCUGCUUUAUACCCGGACAGGCAGCGUUCCACAUCUGACCCAUGACACCCUCAGUCUUAUUGAAGGAGUUCCUGAACCUGUGCACCUGACAUUGUCAACACUUGCUGAGCAUCAUGAAGUUCUGGAGGAGUAUAAAGAAGGAAUUGGAAAAUUCAUAGGUAUGCCAGAGUCAGUUCUGUACUGUUCUUUACAUGACCCAGCUAGUCCAUGUCCAUCAGGAUACAACACAAACAAAACUGUAUCGAUUUGGGGUGGAGGUGGACGAAUUGAAAUAACUUUGUCAAAAUUUAUGGCAAUGCAACAAGCCUUCAAGCCUGACUGGUACCAAAGCAUGGCAGACGGAGAGGCUCUUCCUCCAGGAACUUCAAGGAAAAGGGUAAAGAAAUCAGUGGAUCGUACUCUGGGCUUCUUGGACGGUUGCCUCAAAGAGCAUCAGAAUUCAGAGGUGCUGAAGAACAGUGAGAUUCUAGGUGUAAUAGAAGGAGGAGACAUUCUUGAAGAAAGACUGAGGUCCGUUAGAGAAACUAUAAAGCGGCCAGUUGGAGGUUUUCUUUUGGAUGGUUUUCAGGGAGAGGAUAUGCCUGACAACCCAAAAUUGAACUUAAUCGCCUCAGUCACAGGAGAACUGCCUGAAGACAAACCCAGGUUGAUCCACGGAAUUGGAAAGCCAGAUGAAGUGCUGGAGUGCAUAUCAAGAGGAGUGGAUUUGUUUGAAGGUUUCUUUCCCUAUCUAAUGACUGAACAAGGAAGAGCUCUGACAUUCAAUCUUAAAUACAAGGUGGACCCAGAGGCUGAAGAACAAAAGAAUCUUGUUGGUCCCUUACAUCAUGUACAAGACCAACAACUUAUAUCUGCUUACAACACAAUGACAAUUGAACAAUGUGAGAGGAACCACAUUUAUUCAAUGCUGGAACGAAAUGGCUGUGGGGACAAUGAGAUUAGUAACCGGGCCUCAGACAGUGGGGGCAAGGCAGUUCCUUUUACAACUGACCUGAGAAGCGAACAGUGUCUAUUUUCCAUGUGGUUCUGUGACUCUUGACAUUCAGGUACCGCGCUGAUUUCAGGCCCUUGUUGGAGGACUGUUCCUGCUAUUGCUGUAAAAACCAUACGCGUGCCUACCUCUAUCAUCUUCUCAUAACAAACGAGCUACUGGCCGGAGUUCUUCUCAUGAUUCAUAACCAGCAUCACUACUUCAGUUUCUUCCAGUCCAUUCGUGAUGCUUUGAGAGAUGACAAGAUGCAUCAACUUAAGGAACUCAUUACAAAACAGAAGUUACAACAGUGACAUGUUUAAUAUAUGAUUAACAAGGGAGGAAAUGGGUAUCCAAUGCAUAAGGAUUUCAAAGUAGGUAGACAUCAUAAUGUGUUACUUGGACUUAGUGUCAGUUUGGUUAUUUUGACAUUUGAUGACACUGUGAUUGUAAAGUCAAUGCUUAGCCUCCUCAUCUCCUCCAGGUUAUGUAUCAUUCACAUUACAUUAAUGUAUGACUAUUAAAAUUGCACACACUGUUUGAAAGCCAUGCUUUGAUUCAUUAAUUCUUUCACCAGUGUGUGCAAAUUAUUUUUAAGAAAAUGUUUUACAUUAAAUGUAUGAGUACAAAAAGGCUCGUAACAUGAUAUUUUGACUUGGCAGAAAACAAGUCUGAUAUGGUGAAUGUUUGUAAUUAAAAUGACUAUCCCAACAAAUUUCUUGAAAUGGCUGAAUUGCCUACUUCUUUUUACCUUUUAUUUUUAACAUUUGUCUAAUUGUGAGAAAAUAUGGCCAAAAUUCCCAGAAAUUACUUGACAAAGCUCCUACUUACAAUGAAUUCCUAUGCUUACUGUUUUAAAGUUUACAUUUUGCUGGCUGAAUGUGUAAUGUAUGCGCCAACAAGCUUUUAAAAUUCUUUGCAGACACUGAUAUGUAAUUUCUUGGGGCAGAAAGUGUUGUUGGAAGUUCGAAUAAUUAAAUGUGCAGCCAUUGGUUUUGUACCUGAGAAAUUAAGGGCAGGGUCUGCCCAUGUGUCAUCAAAUGAGCUCUGAGGAUCAAUGGGAAAGCAAGUCGUUCUGUCCUAAACAGGCAAAUGUUUGCUUUUACUAAGCAAACCAGAUCCAGUGCUGGUUGCAAGAGCCCCAUUAUUAAUUCCACUAGCUUUACGCGUAUUGAACCAGGACUUGAACAAUCUACCCAGUGGUUAAGCAGUUGCUGAAGGUCCCUCAAAAAAGAAGCCACUUUUUUUCCCUCAAUUACAUUUUCAUAGGACUGAAAGGAACCAGUAUCCUCUGCCUGGGUCCACACAGCUACUGUGACUCACUGAUGGUCAGAAUACCUGCUGCAGCUUCCCCUUUUUUGGUCAGAAAUUGGGUAGGAAUUUUAUAUAGAUGCGUCAAAUCUUUCCUCCAGUGUCUUUUCAUGUCCUAGUUUACUAAGUUUUAUAUAAAAUAGUAUUCCAUGGAACUUAGUAAAGUGAGUUAUUUCUGCAAACUAUCAAUGUACCAAUUUAAAUCACUAUUAUAUUUCAAUCUUUCUUUCAUAAAGAUUUUAAAAAUUACGUCUGUAUGAAACAAAAGGAACCCAUUUUAUUUGAGUCAAAAUUGGGAGUGGGUAUUUUAGACUGUAAGAUUUGUAGAAGUUUCUUUAAUUUAAAAACAUUUCAUAAUUUGAAAGCUGUAGUGAUACAUUUUUAUCAAAACAGGUAUGUUUUAUCUAUUCUGAUGUUCAUUAUUAUAAACUUGUGAUAUUUCUAAUAAAAAAUGACUGAUCUGUGAUAUUGCUUAGAGUGAGUGAGUCUGUGAUGUUCACUUGCCGAGCUGUGUUUCACCAAGUCUGUCCAUUUGAGGUUGCAACUUUGAUAUUGCCAAUGGAAAAGUAGUCUACAAAGGUCUAUUUUUGAUAUUGAUCAGAGGCUAACUGUCAGUUGAAGUUUCUGUAAGUUGGCAGCUGCUUCAGAACUCCGGCCUCCUAUCUUAUGAAAGAGAACUGGCUACCAAGUCGAGGCUUUUCAAAAAAUAAGCCAACACAUUGAUUGAGAUGCACAUGUUUUUAAGACUUUUCAUAUAAUCUUCUGAUUGCAAAAGAUAUGCAAUCAAAUUUUGUGAUUGUGACCA